UCCUAUCUCACAAACAUUAUCAGAUCAUCAUCAUCAUCUUCAUCUUCAUCAACAUCAUCAUCAUCCAACAACAUCAACAACAUAAUCAACUUUACUAUUAAGUGUCAUCGGAAACACAACAACAACAACAUUCAUUGUGUCUGUUGAUUGAAAACUUGAUUGUUGUUUGUUGAUAAAUCUUAAUUUUUUUUGUUUUCUCCCUAUUUGUGAUUCACUGAUUGUUUGUUGGAUGUUAAUUCACAAUUUACAUUUUUCUCGUUCAGUGAAACAAUCAACACAAUAUAAGAAAAACUUUUAAUUGUUUAUAUGAUUUGGAAAAUGUUGAUCAACAUGGAUCGAAACUAAAAAAUUACUUUUGUGUCUCUAAAUCAUCAACAAUUUAAUUCUUUCAUUCAAUUUCAUAGUUAAUAUAAUAUACGAUUAUUACCAAGAGUAAUUGAUUAUCCAAUCGUUAUCCAAUUCGAGACAAUUAAUUCAACUCUCGUCCAGUGUGUCAUUUAUAUUAAUCAUUAACAAUCGGGUUUUAAUAAUUAGUUAAUCAAAAUGUUUCCUCGAAAAUCAAAUUCACCACCAACUUUACAAUUAACUCUUCUAUUGGCUUUGUUAAUUAACCACAAUCAUAGGAGUUUUGUCAUUUGUUCAAAUAAUUUUAGCCAAAAUCAAGGUCAAUCCUCUAAUUCACAAGUAACAUCGACCAAUACAACAACCGAAUCACCAAGAUACAUUCCUUCACAAUCAGGAUACUCAGAUGAUGAUUUUACCUCAAGCCAUUCACUUUCACCACAAUUAUCCUCAUCAUCCUCAUCCUCAUCUUCUUUACCUUCGGCAAGUCAUUCAAUCAAGGAAUCACGUCGAUCGUCACCCUUACACUAUGGUUUAAUUACACCUCGAAAUGAUUUACUGAUGGCCGCAAAUGCUAAUUCACAACAACAACAACACCAUCAUUAUCAACAACAGCAACUUCAUCACCAUCUCCAACAACAACAACAGCAACAACAACCUUUCAUGGUUCGAACUGGGUUUGGACUUCAUUCCGGUGAUUUUCAUGCCAAUGGAGGUGUUAACGGUAAUCAAAUGAAUCUCCAUCAAUCCUCAUCACCUCUUCAUCAUUCAGGUUCAGCUAAUUUUUAUAGCCAACGAGACCUUUCAUCCGCUGGUUCAACUCCCGCCGAUUAUACUACAUCCGGUGCUGGUUUCCUUAUGCCCGAUCUUCAAUCAGAAGCGACUUCGAAUCGUCUUUACGAUUUAGCUUUGGCCAGUAGUGAAAAUGAACGUAUCAAGGCUACUCUUUCAGGUCGAGUUCGUUCAUCAAAUGGACUAUCAUCUUCAUCAGGUUUAUCUGCAGCAGCAUCAUCGACUUCCGGCUCAUCGGCAUCACCUUCUGAUUAUUCAGCUCUUGAUAAUAAUCCUUCAGUUGGUUCAUCUUCAUCUUCACAAGCUGAAUCAGAACUUGCCAAUUACCUUAAAGCUGCCGCUUCUGAGGCCGCUGCCUCUUCAUCUUCACCUUCUGCUGGUGGUUCAUCGGAAAACACCAAUCAAUUGGUUCCAAAUUCACCCAAUCUUGUUGGACGACGGAAGCCACUUUAUGCCGAACGAGUGGUUGAAGAGCAACACAUUUUCGAUCCCGCGGUUACCAAACAUCUCCUUCAAAAACAACGAGAAAACGAAUACGCUGCUAAUAAUUUAAUGGAAUCUGGACUCUCCGCUGAAUCUCCUGUUCCAAGCGAAUCUGAUUUAGCUCAACAAUUAGCUGCCAUGUCAGAAUUACAUUCAAACCAUCCUGGUUCAUCUUCACCCUCUGAAUAUUUACCUCUUUCAUCUUCCGGUCUUUCACUUAAUCCAAACUCUUUUUCAUCCAUGAAUUCCAUCAAUGAAUAUUCAGCUCUCGGUGGUGCUGGUGGUCAUAAUGGUGCCGCCGCCGCUGCUGCUGCGGGUCUUCGAGGUUUCUCUAAUCUUGGUGGACUUUCUGGCCUUGGCGGGCAAGGAUUAGCUACAUCAGCUUCAUCUCUUCCCUCGAUGAUCACACCUUACGCUCUUGCUGCAGCCAACUCUCUUCCCCGUAGUCCCGCUGGUGUGCCCGCUGGUGCUAUUGUUGGUGCUCCAGGUUCAGCACCUCCACCAGGAAUGAAACUCGCCGGUUAUGUAACAAUGACCAAUCCCUCACCUCCAAUGAUGUCACCACAAGUUUCCUCAUCAAUGGUUAAUCCAAUGGCCUUAAUGGCUCAAAACAUGGGUAACAAUCCUGGUCAAUCAAUGGGCGGUGGACCUGGAAUGGGCAAUCUUGCCGGCGGUAUGUCUAAUAAUCAAGCUCAAGCUGUUGCCCAAAUGAUGGCUCAGGGAAUGGGACAAGGAAUGGGACAAGGAAUGAGCCAGGCAAUGAAUCAAGCGAUGGGUCAAGGUAUGGGACAAGGAAUGAAAUAUCCUUUCAACCCAAUGGCCUUCGGACCAGGAGCUGCAGGUCAAAAUCAAGCUCUUCAAGCGCUUCUCGGCGGUGCCAUGGGUCAAGUUGGUCAACAGGCAAGUCAAGUAUCAGCAACAACCAGUAGUCCAGCUUCAGCAUCCGCUGGAUCAGCAGCAGCAUCGACUGCUCCAAGUUCAAGCUCAUCUGGACAAUCACGAAAUCGUUUCUUUAGUCGACUUAACCCACUUAAUCUUUUCCGAAGAUUCAGAAUACGAGGAAACUCAGCUGGUUCAACUUCAACCGAACCCUCAGUUGCAGAAGCUGAGAAACGAUCGUCCGUUGUUUCAGAAUAUUUUUCACAAGGUCAACAAAGAUUCAAUCGAUUCCCAUUCAACCAACAUGUCGGACCACAUUAUACUCUCUACCCAUACGAUCAACACUCGGCCUUUCAUCACUCACGACGAGCUCGAAGAUCAGCCGACGAGAUUUCAAAAGACCACCAAGAACAACCUUUAGCCUCAGAAACAAAUUCAUCUCAAAACGAUACCGAAACCGCUGAAAACUAUUACCCAUUUCCUGGAAACUAUUUCAUGCCCGCUUCAGGUGGACGAAUGAGGUUUCCAAACAGUGAAGGCCGUCGACGAGGUUCUCGAAGAUACUCUGGACCAGGCUACCUAAGUUCCGUUGAGAGUCGAGGAUUAGGACUCAUGGGAUCAGGAAAUUUCGAAGUCAUUCGCGGUGGAAUUCUUCCAGGCAACAAUAAGCGGACUUUAAGGCCACAUUCAUCAAUGUCCAACGAACGAGACAACGAUGAUCGUAACGAUUCAGGUUAUUCAGAUGAAGAUGAUUCUAAUAACCAUAAUAACAAUAAUCAUAAUAACAAUUCAGAUGACGAUAAAUCGUCUUCAUACCCUCCCUUGGAGGAUGAAUUUUUCUCAGCCGGUAGUCCAGGAAUUUUAGGAUUCCAAGGAUUUAAUCAUUUCUCUGGCUCAUCAUCGUCAGUUUUCAAUAAUUUAUCAGCAAGCCGACGGAAAUCAGCGAUCCUCAGCGGCGAAAAAGGUUCUGAAGCUCUGGCCAGCGAAAAGUCAUCCACAUCAACCGAUUUACAGGCCAUCUCAUGAAAGAAACCACAACAAAAUCAAUUCUCUAAGUUAAUUAAGUAUUAAGAUAGUUUCAAAUUCUGAUUAGAUUCGUAGUAACAAUAACAAUUAAGAGUAACAAUUAUGUCGAGAGGAAACCAAAACCAGAAAACGAAAUCAUCAUCAACGAAAAUUAUUCAUUAAUUGUUUUAAAAAAAAUCUUUUCUUCUCCGUUGAUUAUAAUCAUCUUUUUUAAAUUCUAAACGCAAAAGGUUAACGAUUUGAUGAGAAAACAAUUAAUCAGUUUAAUUACAAUUCUAUAUAUUAAUUUAUCUUCUCAUCAUCUAUUACAAUCAUCAUUCAUCAUCAAUACACCGUAAGGGAAUCACUUAAAUCUCAAGUUUCACAAUCAACUACAAUGGAAAAACAAUCAAGGCAAUCAAACUGAUUAUCUCAUCUUUUAAUUAAUUAAUCUACACAAAUAAUACAACAACCAAAAGAAACAGCCACCGUUAAUUAAUUGCUUAAAACAAAAUUAAUUCACAUUUUAAUUUCCCUUUUUCAUGUCGAUUCACAAUUGACUAAAUCAACUUUUUUUCUAUCAAAUUAAAUUUUGGAUUUUUUAUUUA